AUGUCUCAAACACUUCAAAUCAACGGCCGCACCAUUUCCCUCCCUACCGGGCUCUUCAUCAAUGGCCAAUUCGUCGAUAGCAAGCAAGGCGCCACAUUCGACGUGGAAGACCCCGCCACAGGACAGACCCUGAUCUCCAUUGCUGAAGGCCGUGAGGAUGAUGUAGACGAAGCUGUGCGUGUUGCCCGUGAGGUCUUCGAUAAUGGAGCCUGGAGCAACUCUAACCCUGCGCACCGCGGCGCUCUACUGAGUAAACUAGCCGACCUCAUAGAAGAACACAAGGAUGACCUGAUCGCACUUGAAUGUGCCGAUACUGGCAAAACUGUUCCUCUCUGCUCUAGCCUUGACCUCCCCGCAUCUAUUGGGACUUUGCGGUACUACGCUGGCUGGGCAGACAAGGUUAGGGGUGAAACCUCGUUCAAUAUCCCAGGAACAUUUGCGUACACUCGCCGGGAGCCAAUUGGUGUCUGUGGGCAAAUCAUCCCGUGGAACUUUCCCAUGAUGAUGUUUAUCUGGAAGAUCGCGCCCGCCCUGGUAACAGGAAACACCGUGGUGAUCAAGUCCGCCGAAGCGACACCUUUAUCGGCGCUGAAAAUCUGCGAGUUGAUCUCCCUGGCUGGCUUCCCUCCAGGAACGGUAAACCUAGUUUCGGGAUACGGCAAGACAGUGGGAAGCGCUAUUGCACACCACAUGGACGUGGACAAGGUCGCCUUUACCGGGUCAACUGCCACUGGCCGGGCCAUCAUGCGCGCAGCAGCAAAUUCAAACCUGAAGAAAGUGACCCUCGAACUGGGUGGCAAGUCUCCAAACAUUAUCUUCCCCGAUGCCGACCUCGACUCGGCCGUAGACUGGUCAGCAUGGGGAAUAAAUAUGAACUUUGGCCAAACCUGUCAUGCCGGCACAAGGAUCUAUGUCCAUGAGGAUGUCUACGAUGAGUUCUUGUCCAAGUUCACCAAAACCAUGGCCAAUAUCACGGUAGGCCAUCCAUUUGAAAAGACCACGAACCAAGGACCCCAGAACAGCCAGAUGCAGUAUGACAAGAUCCUGGGAUACAUCGAUUCGGGAGUUCAGGAGGGCGCAACCGUCCACCUGGGUGGCAAAGCUAUCGACAAGGGCAGCGGCUAUUACAUCCAGCCAACCAUCUUCACAAACGUGCGCCCAGAGAUGAAGAUUAUGCGCGAAGAAAUCUUCGGCCCAGUCGUUGCAAUUGCCAAAUUCUCGUCAGAGGAAGAAGUCAUCAAGCAGGCCAACAACACCACGUACGGGCUGGCAGCGGCCUGCCAUACCAAGGACUACGAGCGCGCUAUCCGCGUGACGAAUGCACUGCGCGCCGGGACGACCUGGGUGAACAUGUACAAUUUCGUCCAUUGGAGUAUUCCAUUUGGUGGAUACAAGGAGAGUGGAAUUGGGCGUGAAUGCGGCGAGGCAGUGCUGGAGAACUACACGCAGACCAAGGCUGUGUUCUUUAACAUGGGCGUGCCAUGUCCGAAGGCGUAA